AUGUAAAAUAAAACUAAUGGACCAAUAAAGUAACCCAACUUAAAUACACUUUGUAUUUAUGAAAGGUGAGAUAAGUUGGGUAGCAAACAACAAACAAAACACCAAAAAACUACCCAAAACACACACACACACAAUGGUUCCUUCUUCUUCUUGUUCUUCUUCAUCAACAAAUCCAUCUUUGAAGUUAAAAAUUCCAUCAACAAGAGGAGGAAAAUUAACAAUAAACAUAAAGUCACCAACAUCAGAGAUGUAUACAGAGGUUAAAGAAGCAGAUAAAGUGAAAGAUUUGGAGAAAUUAAUUAAAAAAUCAUGGGGAGAUAAUGAUGAUAAUGAUUAUCAUAUGAUACUUUAUCAUAAAUCUAUUAUAUUAAAAAGUGAUCAUUUUUUAUCUUCUUAUAAUUUAAGAGAUGGUUCUGUUAUUAGAGUUUCUAUUCUUGCUGAACCACCACAUCCUCUUGAUCAGAAAUCUUCAUGUGAAACCAAGAAAAAUGCCAAAUUUCAACAUGAAACAAGCAGCAGCAGCAGCAACUCCAAUGGUGAAAAUGGUUGUGGCAACAUAGUGUAUCAUAUGGCUAAGACGUUCUCCCAAUUCUGCUCUUCCAUAUUUUCAAGCCAUUAAUUAAAACGACAGCCUGGUGCACUGAAGUUCUCGCUAUGUGUAGGGUUCGGAAAAGAGUCGAUCACAAGAGUUGUUUAAUUUGUGUAUCUGGGAGAAGCGGAAGGUGUUAGGAGGACGAAGCGUCCUUUGUCCGGACAUAUAUAAACGAUUUUGAUGUCAAAAUCUUCAAUAAAAUCGAGCUAAUAUUUCAUUAUUAUUAAUGUUAAGUUACUUAUUGUCAUGUGAUCAGAAGAUUACAAAUUCAAGUUCUGGAAACAGUCUUUGACGAAAAGUCGAAAAUGCAUGCAAGGUUAAGUCUUACGUAUAAUAGACUGUUGUGACUGGGUUCUUUUCCGAACUCUGCACAUAGCGGGAGCUUUUAGUGCAUUAGACUAUUCUUUUUCUUUUUAGGGUUUAUAGGAUUUAUCUUUUUUUUCUUCUUUUUUGAAACUUAUUUGUACUAACAAUAAGAUCUAUUGAUCUUCAUUUGGAGUC